AUGGCUGAACGGAGAAAAAAUAAAAAGCGUAAAGAAAACCGACUGGGAACACCAGAGAUAGAUAAACCAUCAAAAGAAGCGUAUGCUGUCGCUAAAUGGAUCCGGGAAAAUGUACCAUCGAAGAAGACUAAGUUCAUGAGCCACAAUGUUGAAUAUUUUACGGGAUCGCGGGCCGUGGGUGCUCUGUUGGAAAAUUCGCCGUGGAAAGAAACGUUAUUUGAGACUAGGGAGCAAGUAGUUGAAUAUUUGGACUAUAUGUUAGCACACAAAUUUUUCCAUCGAGCCAAGAAAAUAGUCGUUACUGAGGAAGAACUGAUAAAGUUACGCGGAAUGAAGAAAAAGGGUAAAGACUGCUGUCAUAAAGAAGAUAAAAAAAUUAUAGAGGAGAAAAAAGAUAAAGAAAAAGAAAAGGAGCGCGAAAAAGAUAAAGAGAGCACUGAAAAUGAGGCUAAAGAAAAAGAAGAUGAUAAUAAAGAUAAAGAGCCGAAAAAAAAACCUAAAGUUCGUUUAGAAAUGCACAUGGAGCAGUAUUUUUCGGAUUGCAAUGAUGCUUAUGUAUGGAUUUAUGAACCUAUUCCCAUUUACUACUGGUUCUUCGGUGCUCUCGUAGUACUUGGGGCUAUUGGUGUUUGCUUGUUUCCAUUAUGGCCCCUGACUAUUCGUCAUGGUGUUUAUUAUCUUAGUGUGGCUGCUGCCGGAUUUUUUGUAUUUAUUUUAGCUUUAGCUCUUAUUAGAGUCGUUGUCUUUUGUCUUAUUUGGGUUAUUACUAUUGGAAGACAUCACUUUUGGUUAUUUCCUAAUCUCGCUGAAGACGUUGGUUUCUUUGCUUCCUUCUGGCCACUGUAUCAGUAUGACUAUUACGGACCAGGAUAUGAAAAUGAGAAGAAAAAUAAGAAAAAGAAACGCAGAAAAGACAAAGACUCAGAUUGUGAAGAUACUUGUUUAAUUCAAGGAGAUGAAGAUAAAUCUCAACUUCCUGAGGAAGAUAAAAAAGAACCAGAGGAAGAUAAACAAGUCGAGGCUACAAACGACGGGGAAAUUAGCGGUGAAGAGGGCUCCGAAAGUGAAAAAUCGAAUAUAGAUAAAGAUUUUGAGAUGAUUCAACAUCCAGAAUUAGAAGAUAAAUAG